GGCCCCGCCGCCGCCAUGGCGGCCGCCGCGGAGGAGCUGGCGCUCGGCUUCCAGCGCCGCUUCCUGGCGGCGCGGCCGCUGCGCUCCCUGCCCUGGCCGGAGCUUGAACAAGAACUAAAGACUUCAUCGGAUUCCUCACUGCUGUUAGAUAUACUGCACAAGACUGUUCUCCACCCCUUGUGUGUAAAAUAUCCCUCUUCCAUCAAGUACCGAAGAAGCUUUUUAACUGAACUCAUUAAAAAGCAUGAAUCCACAACAGCUGAACCCUUGGAUGAAUUGUAUGAUACACUAGCAGAUAUUUUAAAUAAAGAAGAAUCUACACAUUGUUACAAAAACUACUUACUGCCCACAGGAGAAUCUAUUACCCUUUCUGAGAAUGUGGCAAUCAUCUCACAAGGAACCACAGGUCUUGUCACAUGGGAUGCUGCUGUUCAUCUUGCUGAAUGGGCAAUACAGAAUUCUACAGUUUUCAGUAACAGGACAGUCUUGGAAUUAGGAAGUGGGAUCGGCUUCACUGGAAUUGCAAUCUCUAAAAUCUGUAACCCCAAGGCGUAUAUAUUUAGUGAUUACCAUCACUCUGUUCUCAAACAGCUGACAGAAAACAUUUGUUUGAAUGGCUUUGUUUUGGAGCCUGAAACUGCUAAUCAUAUCGAAAUGCAGUCCCAAGGCCCAAAGCUUGAAGUGAUGCAUUACCAAAAACCAAAACUAACUGUUGCAGAACUUGACUGGGGCUCAGUUACAGAAAAACAACUGAUGGAUCUUCAACCUGAUGUCAUCAUUGCAGCAGAUGUGGUAUAUGAUCCAGAGAUAACUUUAGCCCUUAUUGGUUUGCUACAAAAACUUUCCACUUUCAGAGCAGAUGGAAAACCUCCCGAGGUCUACAUUGCUUUCACAGUUCGCAAUCCCGACACAUAUCAUCAGUUCAAGACUGAACUUGAUAAAACGGGGAUUGGAUGGCAGAUUAUUCCAGCUCACAGGAACAGUAUUUUCCUCUACGAUCUGCAUUCAAAUGUAACUAUUCUACAACUAUUGAUAUAGGUUUGGUAAAUCCAAUACAAUUAUAAUUUUCAGAUCAACAGGAGCUAUUUCAUAGUACAAGAUUAUCUUGAAUUCCAGGAACAGAUAAAAGGCAGUAGGGAUACACCUGUAGGCACAAACUGUUGUCAAAAGUACAUUACAGUUCCUCCUGUAAUUGUCAGUGUGCAUGUGAACAAGCUGUUGCCCGUUAGGAGCAUCUAUGGACUUCAAGUUGUAGGAAAAGAAAAAGCGCUAAUCAUACUGUGCUUUGAUUCUGUACACAAGCAACAGAACUGAGCUAUAUAGUUUCAACUGUAUUUGAUUUGUAAAUCAUGGAGGCACAUCUGCAACAGCACAGAAUGAAUAUCUUACUGAAAAGGGAGCAGAACAAUGUUUCACAAUAAUAAAGUUUUUAAUAUUGAAACCAUUUGCAAA